AGACCUAUACAAAGGAAGUAUUGACAUUCAUAUGCGGAAAAAGUUAGAGUGGAGAAAACAAUCGGGUGGAUCGACGAACUCUAACUUUAAAUAAGGUGUAGAAGAAACAAACGACGGCGUGAUAUUUGGACUGUUCAACUAUUGGUAUCUCUGGUGGACGUUUUCCACAUAAAGAAAAGUCAAGAUGGAGUUCCUGUUUGGAAAAAGAAAGACUCCGGAGGAGAUGCUCAGACAGAAUCAGAGAGCACUAAAUAGAGCAAUGAGAGAUCUAGACAGAGAACGCCAGAGACUGGAACAACAGGAAAAGAAAAUAAUUGCUGACAUUAAGAAAAUGGCCAAACAAGGACAGAUGGAUGCUGUGAAGAUCAUGGCCAAGGACUUGGUGCGCACAAGACGAUACGUCAAGAAAUUCAUCAUGAUGAGAGCCAAUAUUCAAGCUGUCAGCCUUAAAAUCCAAACCCUCAAAUCAAACAACAGCAUGGCGCAGGCCAUGAAAGGAGUCACCAAAGCUAUGGCCACCAUGAACAGACAGUUGAAGUUGCCACAGAUUCAGAAGAUCAUGAUGGAGUUUGAGCGCCAAAGUGAAAUCAUGGACAUGAAGGAGGAGAUGAUGAAUGAUGCAAUUGAUGAUGCAAUGGGGGAUGAAGAUGAUGAAGAGGAGAGUGAUGCUGUGGUUUCUCAAGUUCUGGAUGAGCUGGGUUUGAAUCUUUCUGACGAACUUUCAAACCUGCCUUCUACUGGAGGAAAUCUCUCGGUUGCGACUGGGAAGAAGGCUGAACCACAGGCUACGCUGGCAGAUGCUGAUGCUGACUUGGAGGAGAGGCUGAACAACCUCAGGAGAGACUGAGAAUGAAAGGACUUCAAGUAAAGGUUUUGAUUUGGAACUGUUUGCGCAAAGAUUGCUUCACUAAAAUGUAGACUGAUUCAAAGAAAAGAGGGAGGAUGUGAAUGCUGUUUUUUUUUUUCUUGACAUUAGACGCUUUAAUGCGUCCUUUUUGUUUUUCUGUCUCCGUUUAUGAUGUGCUGUAGAAAUGUUACCAAACACGUAACCCAAAUGAAGAUGCAAUGCAUCAGACUGAUCUCAAGCCUUCUGUUUAGACAAAUCCUUUUUAAAGGAGAUAAAAUCAACAAAAGAAUCUGUUACCCCGAGAUUCCAACUUGAUCUUUUGAGGAAACCUUAACACUAAAUAUUUAAUUAUUAUAAAAACUGGUUUAUCACACAUCAUCUUUUAAUUAUAACAAACAGAUUCUGAUACUAAUCUUUUAUAUAAAUAGUGCAAAAUGGAGUCACUCCAGUUUUCAAUCUGUUCAUACAAGGGUACAUCAGAGAAUUACCUUUAAAAUACCUGUGCUAUUAUACUAUCAUGAUCUUCUAAUAAUAUAUUCAUCUUGAUCUUUUAGUAGUAAAUACCUACAUAUAACAAAUGUGGUGGUUUAUGUCGUUUUUUUUUCUCAAAGUGAUUGAAUCUCUAUUUAUCAAGGCCUGUUCAGUAAACUAUAAACUUUCAUAAACUCUAAAGUUUGUGCAAGGCAACAUCUCACAAUAACUUUGGUGAUUUAAUUAAAACAAAAAAUAUUGGAGGCAGUUUUCCAAAGCUCGUUUUGUCAGAAAAUAAUCUAAAGACUUAUUGAAAUUUAAAAAUGAAAUAUUAGUGUAUUUAUCUCAUGGUGAAUCAAGAGGUGGUAUAUUUUGAAAUUUUUUUUUUGUGGUUCAAUAAACAUUUUUCACACUAUGAAGUGAGAGAGUGUGUUCUGUGAUAUAUGGUGUUACACUUGUUUUACGGUGGCUGUCACAUAUACUGUUGCACGCAUGGGUAAUUCUCACAAAGUAGUUUGUGCAUUUCACCAAAUUAAGAAAAAAAAUAUUACAAUU